UCGAGAAGGCGCACGUAACGGUUUACGUGUGUUACGAAGCGCGAUUAUCGUCCGGGCGAGAUUCCGCGAACGGUGGUGCGCAUCGGGAUACGACGAGUGGAAAAAAAAAAAAAUAGGAGUAAUUACAAGGAGGAACGGAGCGCUCCGACGCGAGUGGUGGUCGGUGUUGCUUAGCGGGUAACGUAGUGGUGGUUGUGUGCGGUGGUGGUGGUGGUGGUUGGCGGCGGUGGCGGUGGUGGUGGGUGCUCCGGGUUCCGCGAGUGUCCGCGAAAAACUAGUGCCGCGAGCCAUCAUGGCGAACCCACGGAAAUUCAGUGAAAAGAUCGCGCUGCUGAACCAGAAGGAGGCGCAGGACUCGGCGGCGUUCGAGGCGAUCAUGAAGGAGGUUUCGGACGUCACGAGCAGAGUGGCCUCGGCGAGCAGCUCGGUGGGUGCUAGUCCCACGGGAUCCGGCGUACCGGAAACCCCGCUGUCCGUCAAGAGUGCCGGCGCCAGUCCACCGCAGUCGAGCGGCAAGCAUCUGCACAUUAACCUGGGAAAUCAAUUCAGGGCGGGCGGCUCGCUGCCGAACGUUAACAACAAUGUCAAUUGCGGCAACGACGCGAAAGAGCACUCCUCGCCGCACACCGGCGCGAUCCAUUCGAUCGACCUUAAGACGGCGCUCAGCAAUCUGGAGGAGAUGCAGCACAAUUCUAUGGUGUAUCGUAGCGACAACAGAAGCCGAAGCAUGGGAGUGGGACCGAUGCGAUCCCGACCCAUGGAGAAGAGACACGACACGUCGCCAUAUAGCGGCGUGCCUUACCUGUCACCACCUCCCCCGGAUACCUGGCGUAGAACAAACUCUGACUCGGCUCUACAUCAGAGCGCCAACGAGGCUUGCCAAUCGACCUCCGCCAUACCUCAUCGACGAGAUCAGCACGUUAUGACCGGGAGCGGAAACGACAACAGAGAUCCUCAUCACGGUUUCAUCGAAGUCCCACGACCAAGAUCCUCGUGCGAAAUACCUAGAGUGCCUGGGAUUAAUAUAUACCCAAGCUCGCAACCACCGGGACAACAAAUACCGAUAGGCAAUAACACGGGGUCGUUGCCCGACUUGAGCAACGUACACUUUCCAUCACCUCUUCAUACUCCUCUGGAUCAGGAGGAUCAUUCGAGUAGUACGCCGUUCAGCAACAACCAUUUAUCAGUGCCUGUUAACUCUAGGUUUCUUCACACGUGUAAGCAGGGUGUGGCACUGGAAAACAGCACAAGUACUUCGCAACAGGAUCUUCAGAACUAUCCACAGCAACCGGCGCCGACGGCGACGUCUCACAGCCCGACUGCCGGCCACUACAUUUAUCAACAAUCGCACAGUCCUGUGCCGCCGCAAAGUCCAAAAACAUCACAGGCGCAGCAACAAUCACAACAACAGCUCAAUUCAUUGGGAUCGUACAGAUCUACGCAGCCGGUGAAUAGGCCCUCGCCGCAAUCGUCACCUAGUCUAACAGUUCAAGGGAGUCCUUUAAGUUACAGCAAUAAUCCAUCGGCGCCGCCUAGUCCUACAGGACAUCCGGGUCCGCCCAGCUUGACGUCCGACGCUAUCGAUCAGAAUACUUAUUUCAUCAAUCAAGCGCAAGCGGCGGCCCUUCAACAGGAUUUCGAACAAUUCACAAUGGAGUGGCCGAAAUUUGCGCAACAGCUGAUGGAACUCGGUUGCACCUGGACCACGCAGAUAGAGAUGGACACGCCGGUGCAGACGAACACGAUCGGGUCGUAUAUCGGAUCACCAAAUCAUACUACGAAUUAUGCACAGAACGACAUGAUUAAUGUCGGUGGCGAAUUAGGCAGCGGGGACGCGGGAUACUUCAGCACGAGUCCGCAAAUGGCGUAUCAACCUGUAACGACGACGACCACCGCUACUCAGCAGCUCACACCGCAAACUCCAAACACACCUACGAUCAUUCUCACAGACUUUUCCGGUGCAGACGAUCUCACAAAUCCGGAAUUCGUAAAGGAUCUAGGUACGGCGAUGAUGGGCGAUUUUGACCCGGAAAUGUUUCCGUCGGACGACGCCCUCAGGCAGGGCCUCGAUCCAAUCGACGUGGACGGUCUACAAAUGCUCGCCGACCCUACGAUGGUCAUAUCGGAUUCCAGCGCCGAAGCCCACUUUAGGUUAGACCGACUUUAAAGGAAGAGAUUUUACUCAUUUACCACACACACACACACACACACACACACACACACACACACACACACACACACACACACACACACACACACACACAUACAUACAUACAUACUCCCGUAUCGACUAUUGUGUAGGAUAAAAUAAAUUCUGUCUUGGUGUCGCGAUUAAUUCUUAAGACACUUUGACAUAUAUUGGGAUACUUUUUGGGCACUGACAAAUUUGCAGGGAAUCAAUAGCGUAUCAAGAUAUGUGUAUAAAUAAUAAAUUUUUUAGUAAAUUUUAUUUAUACGCCAUAUAAAUUUAUAUAUAUGUAGAUUUUAUACGAAUAUUUUUUCUCGUUUAAUGGCAUGCAUUUUUUUAAUCGCGCGAUCUAUGCAUGAUAAAGAUUUGAAGAUCUGCAUUGUUUUUUUUAUGGAUAUAUUUGAGUAUAUUUCAAUACGAAAAAAAUCUGAGAUGUUUUCUGGAAACAGGUCAGUGUUCAAUAAAAGUUGUCUCCCACUCGUGAUAAACCGUUACUUGACGAUUAAGUAAUAUAAAAAAAAAAAUCUUUAUUAACCCUUUUUUUAUUUUACACUACUUUGUAUAUUGUAUCAUGUAUGGUCUCUAAGAAGCACAAAAGAAAAUGUUUACUGAUUUAUACAUGCUUUUAUCAUAAUGCAAUUAUAUAGUGAAGUAAUCUACCGUUUAGGCCAAUUUAAAGUUUAGAGAAUAUUACGAUCAAUUAUGUUCCUCGACGAAGGAACGUAUUAAAAAGUAAAAAAAUGCAUAAAGACAUAGAAGUGAGAGAGGAGGGAGAUGCCUAUUGGCGGUAUACGCCAGCAGUAAUCUAAAUUUUUCUUUCCUUUUCCUCAUUACAUCUUUACAAGUAACAGCUUAUAAUCAUAAACGUCAUUCACGUUAACAAUACAUAGUCUAUCUAUAGGGAACUCUUUCCCUUUUACUUUUCCUCUUUCUCCCUUAAUAUCGUGUCCGCGAUACAAUACUGAAUUAAUUUAGAUUUUUAGACUUCAUUUUUUUCCAUUGAAAAUUAUAAAUAUCGAAUCUGUGAUAUUGAAGUUGACUAACAAUAAGUCGAAGAAAUUCAAAGGCAACGAGGAGAUUGCGUAAGAGUUUCAGAAACAGGUUUAUCCCAUAUGUUUCUCUUGAUGUACAAUCCUGUUACUGAUAAUCAUUUCUGUAUUUGUCAUUUUCUGAAGAUCGCUUAUAACUAUCAUUUCUAUUAUUAAUAUAUUUGCUGCGAAUAAAUACGGUGAUAAUAUAACGAGUAGGAAGAGAAAUAUCAUAAUGCGUGUACCCUCGGCGAUUUUGUCAAUUGUUUUUUGAAAGUAAUAUACUAUACUUUAUACGCGUGUGUUUGAUAAUUAGUCGAACGCGAGAUUAAGAUAAUCGACGAUGAAAUCAAGAAGACGAUUCUUACGUCUGUACAUGUGAUUAGCGUAUCAUACCUUUCUCGAUAACAUUUAAAGUUCUUUGUUCUAGAUAAAGACACAAUGUAGGCAAUUAGCAUUGCGGGAUUUGGCUGCAAGAAUAUGCAGAAGUAGCGUAGCCUGUGGUGGCCAAUCGAGUGCAUACUUCUAUAUACACAUCUAUUUCAUCUUACAUUAAAAAUAGAUUGAAAUUUGAACGAACGUAAAAUGAGAAAUAGGUAAAUUUGCUAUCGCUAAAUAACACACGUAUACACACAUAUUCAUAUCUUAUAAAUAUAGAUCAUCUUCCGUCUACAAUGAGUGAUAAAUGUGUCCGGAAUUUUCUUUCGAGGCUAAAAAAGUUCUGGUAAGUAGCGAAGUGUAACGGAGAGAGAAUCCCUCUUUUCUCACAUUCCCGCUAUCAGCGCACACUUCGUGGCUGCGAGAGCUUUUUUAUGCAAAACGGAAAAGUUCGGGAAGAGCGUGUUACCUCUCUUGACGGAAAAGAAACUUAAUGAUAAUCUUUACGUAUUUAAAAUGUGAUUAAUGUGACCACCAGAGAGUUUUUAAAUCAUUGAUAUAUCCAAAAAUUUUAUCGUAGUAGUUGAAAUUCUCUCUCUCUCUCUCUCUCUCUCUCUCUCUUACUCGCAAAGUUUCGUCCGCGUAUAAACAAACGCAAGAGGUGCCAAAAACGUGUAGAUAUUCGUCGUAGAUUUUAAGAUCGUGCUCUAUUGACUCAUAAUCGUGCAAUAUAAACGUAUGUAUAUGAUUAUCGGUCGUUUAACGUAAGGUUUAAACCAAGUUAAAUAUUAAUCAAGAUCGUUCAUGUCAAUUUGUCAUUAUCAUCGUAUCAAAACGACAGAGAAAAAAAGAGAAGCGCAGAAUCCUAAUUUGUGACAUCACUGGAAAAGGAGAAGACAGGUUUAUUAUUAUCUUACAUUUAAUAUGUAUCUCGCGCGAAACAUUACUGCAUUUCGAUAUUCGAAGCUUUCAAGAAGCAAAGGAUAAAGUAUGCAACGAUAAACAUAACGGAAAAAGAAUCACAUGAGAUAAAUCGCUGCACUAUCAGUUAAGCAAAUUUAGUAUCACGCGAUUUGCAAAAUUUUUGAUUAAGGCGACGAGUGCAUUUGAAAAUAAUUAAAAUAUAUCAAAAUCUUUUUCUUUCAUUUUUUAAAUAAUUUUCUCUGCACACGUUUUGUUAUAUUAAAUUUCUUUUGUAUGAAUUUAAAAAGUUAUUUUUUUUUUAACAGCUUUUAUAUAUCUUUUUCGUAGAAACGAUUAGUACAAUUGUUAUUUUUUUAAUUUGCUUAGAAAUAAAUUAAUUAUGACUUGAUUCUUCGGUUUAAGGAUAUUGUAACUUUUAGGAAAUGUUAUGAACGAUUACAGUUGACUUUAUUCAAAUCAUAAUUAAAAUUCAGAAGAGUUUAUUCAGUGAAAAAUGUAAUCAAAUGUGUGAGAAAAAAAGCAAACGAAAAUUAUUCGGAAGUGUUAAUCCAAUAUUAAGAAAAAGGAACAUGAAGAUAAAUGGUUUUCCAACAUUUGCAUGUGAUUUCGCAGUUAGUUUAAGUGACCCGUUUAUUUAAAUAAGUACUAUUUUUUUUAUCGAAAUGAAAGAUAGGCAAAACAGCUGCUUUUCUAAUCACGCAAACAUAUUAUAUGCGUUAAACUUGCGUAUUUCAUCAGAUUAUUUCAUCAGAGAUUGUGAAAUGAGAUAAGUUAUUAUUUUCAAAUACGAUCCGACAGCAUUCAUUUUAGCUCGCAUUAAUCUUAAUGAGUGAGAAUGUAAUUGUAAUAGUUAUAUGGAGUUAUCGGCCUUUCAGAGAUUGUAGGGAGCUAUACAUAUUUUUACAUUAUGAUCUCUCUCUCUCUCUCUCUCUUUCUCUUAUUGCUGCGCGCACACAGUGCCCUCAGAAAGGCAUCUUCUCUCGCUUAUAGAUCCUCUGAUAAAUUCUGAUUUUGUUUUCUCAGCAAACAUUUGAUAUUGAAUGUCGGAGAGAAAAUGCAAUUAAAAUAACUAAUAUCUGCAUAAUACGGAUCGAUAUAAGUUAUCUUUCGAUGAAUUGAAAUUCGAAGGCGGAACGCGAAUCCCGCAUUUGACUUUAUAUUUUAUGUGUUUAUCAUAUUUUACAAUUUGGACUGUAUUAUGUUUGUUGACAAAUUAAUCUUUCAAAGACGAAUUUCUUUUCAAGAAUAGAAAAUGAGAAGAGAUCUAUUGAGUCGCAUUUUUUAAUCUAAUCAAAAAGAUCGAUGAAAAACUAUAAUAGAAUGUAGCAUGACCAAAGUAUCCUCUAGCACUUCAAUUGCAUGAACGUGUAAAUUUAUACUCAUAUAGAUUUCUUAUUUCGUAUUAGAAGGUGAAAUAGGAAUAAUGUCUCUCCUUUCUGUUUCCCUUCCUGCAUCCUUUAAAAUUUUAUUUUUAAAAUUUUUCAAUAAUUUUCUUUGUUUCUUCUUCCUUUUUCUCUUAUAUCAUCCAUUCUCUUUUUUUACAUACCCUAAAGACAAAAACUUUUUUCUCUCCCUCUCUCACGUUCUCUCUCUCUCUCUCUCUCUCUCUCUCUCUCUCUCUCUCUCUCCUCAUUUCUCUCUUUGUUUAAUCGCAUUGAGGGGAGGAGAAACUGACUUAAGAUUAACAAAAUCACAAGCCUGUUGUAUCGUGCAAUUAAAAAAAAUAAAGUAAGCAGCGAAUUUGGAAAAGCAUCGCUGCCUAAGUCUCGCGCUAGAUCGAUUCUGCGGCGUCGAUCCGUGAGGGCUUUUAAAUGAAAAAAAUUUGUAAUAUUUGUAUAUAGCCAUGUUAUAUUGUGGUAAAGAAGAAUUUUACCUAUUAUUAUAUAAAUAUAAAAUAUAUAAAAAUAUUAUAUAUAUAUAUUACCUAUAUGUAAUACCGUUACGUUGUUGUACUAUAUUAUUGUGAACACCAUUUCUCAGACAUCGAUUUUUUAAAAUAAAAAAGAAAAGAGCUCUUUCGACACACACUAAAUACCAAGCCAAUCCGUCACGUUAUUUGUCGUAGCUCGUCGGUUAUGCGUAACAUCUACGUUGCACCUCACAAUCGCGUCUCAUUCGUAAGAGUAUUUACGCGAUCUCGAUGUUCAUGUGCGCCAAUAAAAAUAUAUCUCUCGGAAUUUUUCCGCUUCAUACACAUUGAUUCGGCGCAUAUGAUGUAGCAAAUUUUUGCAAAUAUCAAAGUUCAUGCGCGUUGAUUUUGUUCCGUGGAUAUAUUCGAUCUCGGUCGUCAUUUCUCAAUUAAGUUUCAAUGUUCGAUAACAACGGACAAGUUUGACAAGUAAAAAAAAAAGAGAUUUUCUCAAA